AUGAGGUAUGUGACACAGAGACAAGCCAGCCAACCCCUGCACAAUAAGUUAGUGGUCAUUUGGUGGCUCAGGUGAGUGCAGCAGUCGUCUGGGGAGAUGGAUCAUGUGUGAUUGACUUUUUGAAAAGUUUUGUUUUUAACACACAUCAUGUGCAUUUCUUUACAUCCAAACCAAUUUCCCGAGAAUCCUUAUAGGAUAUGUAAAUGUGUCUCAUUCACAAUUUGACAAGCACUUGAUAAUGCCUCAAAUUUCCCGGUUGCAUCCCCUUUGUGUGGCCGUAACGCCCUCAAAAAAAAAAUCCAUGCCUUUUGCGGCCAGUGGCCGUUGUGCCCUUGGGCUGAAUAUAGUAAUUAUAAUUCCCUUCUCCCGGCUGUGUGCUGAAGCACCUCUCACUCAUAUGGCUCUCUGUCGUGUGAUCGGGUCUUUCUCACAGGCUACAAGUGAAGACAGACACAUCGGGGACGCAACUGCACGUGUCCUUAUCCAAAUCUGAGGCGCAUAUUGAAGAUAUUGGAAAAACUGUCCACAUUUACUUUUCUUCAGCCAACAAGAUGAGUAGGUCAAACGAACAGCAAAAGCACUAGCCUAUGUCAAUCUACUAUCCCCCGUAGUACAAAAGUUGACCUAUUCUAUUCUGUGAGAGAAAUAAAUACUCCAAACAUAGUCUGGGACAGUUGUGGGAUGCAAUAGAUCCCAAAUUAAUACAACCACUAGCAUCAAAAAACCUGUUUUAAGCAAUUAGCCUGACGCAACAGAUGAGAACGUUUAGCUUAAAAUGUUGAUAAACUAUUAGGCUAUUUCUUCACAUUAUAAGCGCAGCAAUGCGCACACGGCAGUAGACUAUAAGCGCAAAUGUUCCAUCAGCAGGAAAACACCAUUCUCAAAAGUGACCACAAAUGCAAUUAUGCAUGUAAUGCUUUUAUGGGGGAAAUUAUAUUCCCCAAACUUGAAACUCAUGCGCUGCGUAUGUAUUCCAGUUAAGCCUCGAUCACACCGACAGUGUCAUUGCAUUUUUGAUACACCAGAAGUACAUGCAUUUCCAAUGGAACGCUGCGUUUGCCUUGCAGCAUUGAGCGUAUACGUCAAACUAUGCGUAGACGGCUUGACAGAAAUGGUAGCAGAAGGUGAAUGUUGAACUUUUGUUGCACACAUAUCCAGUUGAUGCUGCUACUAUUUUACUCAAAAGACACUAUCGGUGUGAUCAAGGCAUUAGGCUCUACACCUGUUGUAAAACGGAUUAAGUUAUUUGGCCACUUUAGUUGUCAUACAACCUUAUCAAAACAUAUAUAGGCCUAUGGGCUAGGCUACAUGAGGUGUGCGACUACGAUUAGAAAAAGUCGCAAAAAAAAGGCGCUGUUUCUUGCCUUACGCUGGGCAUCAUUCACAAGUGAUAAUAUAUAAUUCACAAGUGAUAGGCUAAUAUUGUCACCCAUCAGACUAUUCUUGAUUUAAUCUUGUCAAUACAUAUACUAAAUAAUAUGUGUGAAAUUUGUUUUGAUUUAGAAUGGACCAUUAUCAUGCACCUGUCUCGAAACAGGGACAGGGGGAAAACAUUUGUAAUCUAUGCACUUAAAUAGCGAAUGGAGGACACUUUUCCCGUAGUUCAUUUUCAUGCCAGCCAGGUAGGCUAUACUCCUGUUGUAAAUAUAAGCAAUGUGCUUAAUAUUAGGAAAGUUGAGAAAUAAAUAUAGUAGGCCUAGCCUAUAGAAAGCUGAUGGGAUCCUCCUCUUUUUAAUUGAGGCCAUCACUCUGUUUUCUCUCGCAAUUGCGUAGCCUAUAGAAAUGUUGCGCAACAUGAGCUCAUGGGCUCUCAUGAAGUGUUUGAUUAGAUUUUCUAAAACAUUUGCAUUGAUGUCAGAGUGAUUUGAGGGACAAUAGAGUGCUGAGUACCAGGCAGUUAGCAAGUUUGGUAGGCAACUAAUGACCAUCAGCAGCAUCAGAGCUUGGAGAAGCCUAAUUACCAUGACUAAAAGGUCACGUGGAAUUUGACUGCCUUCAUGACUCGUGACUGCCGUUGUGGCGGUAAUACGUCACCUUAUUUGUGUUAUGUUGCUGUUGAAAUACAGACCUUAUAUGGAGUAACUGGCAUCAUUUCUCUUUCACUUAGUUCACAGGGAAACCACCAAGACUACAUAGAACAGCAGAUCAGAUCGACGUGGCCCCCCACCACAAUAUCCCACAAAACAUAGGUAGUAGCUUAAUCAUUAGUCUUAAUUUCUCAUGAAUAUAAUAGAGAUGCCCAUGUAAUGAUAUUGUAUUUUACUUAGACAUGUAUUUCUAAUCGUGUAUGUUUGUCCUUUCAGCUUACACAAAAUGCAGGUAGCUCCUCUCUGCUUCCCAUUGUUCACAGCCGUACCCAUAGAGUCGUAUAGAAUACCUUUGUGUUGUACUUGUUUUCCUAUGUGUUCUGUUAAAUCCUGUGGCGCUACCGUUCCACAUCACUUACAGGAUUCAGGAUGAAUCUACUGCUCCACUUUCUCUCACUCUGUAGUUCACGGCAGGAACAUGAGGCUGCCACGGGACCGAUGUCGUGUUUCAUCGCGAACCGACGGAAUAUUCCUCAAUUUACAGGUGCAACGGUCUGAAAUGGUUUCCUCUCAUCUACUCUCGGCACUGAUCUAAAUAGGCAGUAAUAGUGGAUUCCUGUCGGGAGUCUGCGUUCGCCUGUCCAGUUCUAUCACAUCAGUGCAGACAGAGGACAGGAAGCUACUAAACUAUUGAGAUGCACCCCCGUAGUGACAUAGCUAUUAGGCUCAGUACUGCUUUCUAAUGAUGACCCUCUGUCACUCCUGAGGUGGCCUGAUGUGGAGGGAGAACAGACCAGUCCAAACGAUGCCAGAACCACCCCCCCAACAUACCCCUGCAGCCUACCCAUGGCAACCCAUGGCACUAUACAGUCCAAAUGGCACCUGGUCAGUAACAAAAGAGUCCCAAGCAUGAAAAGGGAAGGCCCUAAAAAUUGUCAGACUCCCGUCACCCAAGUCACAGACUGUUCUCUCUGCUUCCGCACGGCAAGUGGUACCGGAGCGCCAAGUCUAGGUCCAAAAGGCUCUUUAACAGCUUCUACCCCCAAGCCAUAAGACUGCUGAACAAUUAAUAAAAUGGCCACCCGGACUAUUUACAUUGACCCCCCCCCCUCCCCCUUUGUUUUUACACUGCUGCUACUCACUGUUUAUUAUCUAUGCAUAGUCACUUUACCCCUACCUACAUGUACAAACUACCUCGACUAACCUGUACCCCAUACAUUGACUCGGUACCGGUACCCCCUGUAUAUAGCCUCUCUACUGUUAUUUCACAUUGACUCGGUACCGGUACCCCCUGUAUAUAGCCUCUCUACUGUUAUUUCACAUUGACUCGGUACCGGUACCCCCUGUAUAUAGCCUCUCUACUGUUAUUUCACAUUGACUCGGUACCGGUACCCCCCUGUAUAUAGCCUCUUUACUGUUAUUUCACAUUGACUCGGGACCGGUACCCCCUGUAUAUAGCCUCUCUACUGUUAUUUCACAUUGACUCGGUACCGGUACCCCCUGUAUAUAGCCUCUCUACUGUAUAUAGCCUUGUUAUUGUUAUUUUAGUGUGUUACUUUUUACUUUAAAUAUUUUCUUAACUCAAUUUUCUUAAAACUGCAUUGUUGGUUAAGGGCUUGUAAGUAAGCAUUUCACUGUAAGGUCUACACCUGUUGUAUUCGGCGCAUGUGACACAUUUGAAAUGUAAGUAUGGAGGAUCUAGUGUAUUCAGCAGGGGUCAAACAGAGCUAACCUUGCUUCUGCCCUCUUAAAAAUACCAUAUGCUCAGAACCCACCGAACAGAUAAAUGAUUCUACUAACAACUCAAAAAAAAUGAAAAUUAUCAGAUGUAAAUUAGCUUAAUUAGUUUAAACAUUUACAUUGAUGUGUAAACUGAAAAUGUUGAUUAAUGUGCAUUGUCCCUGUGUCAGCAAAAUUGCUAAAACCAAACCAUAUCCCUACGGAAGCAGUUGAUUAACCUUUUCUUCCAUCAGGUGUUGCUGAUUGAUUUAUAUGUUCCACCAUGUCAGAGACACGGCUAACGGAGCUUCUUCUUAUUGACUGCAAAAAAAAAUAAUAAUAAUUGCUGCAGUCGAAUAAUCACCUCUCAUUCAGACGAAAGUCCCAUAGCUUCACCUGGAUCCUGUCUGAUAGUCAUAAUGACAAAAACUAACUAGAGCAAAGAAAGAGAAGAUGAUGACAACGUGCAUUUUAAUCAGCUGAGAUCUCCUAGGCUGCGUUUACACAGGCAGCCCAAUUAUGAUCUUUUUUUUCAGUAAUUGGUCUUUUGACCAAUCACAUGAAAGAGAUCUGAUGUGAAAAGAUCUGAUGUGAGUGGAAAAAUAAAUAUUAUAAAAUGGGCUGCCUGUGUAAACGUAGACUUAGUCUUAAAUCAGUGAGAUACUUCAAUUGCUGCUUUCGUAACCAAGUGGGAAGUGGGAAUUUACCAGUUGUGAAGUCGUACCAGUUGGAUGCAUUCACGUGCUUUGAACUCAUUGAGAAACGCUGAUUGGCUAAUGGCCAACAAGUUGCGUAAACCAUAAACUAAAAGUACAGUUAUCAUGAUUGUAAUUUCCUUAGUAGGUGAGGUAAGAGGUCAGAGGUGGGAGCUCACGAUGAUAGUAGUUACCAGUUGGAGGGCCGUUAAGUGAAUUUUUCCCCAGUCGUACGUGGUAAAUUCCCACUUCCCACUUGGUUACGAACGCAGCAUUAUUCAAACACGUCUACCAUCUUGUGGGGCGUUUUUUUUGGGCUAUAACUUGUGUUGUGAACUUGAUUGAUUGACAUCUUAAAAGGGACCCUAAAAGAGGUUUGUUUGUAGGAUGUUGAAGCUCAUCUCAUCUACUGUAUAUUGUAUUAUGAACCCUUUGUCGUCUGUGUGGUUAGGCCCCUGUCUGAACCCUGGCCACAGACAGAACUUACAUGGAGACCGCUGCAGCCAACCCAUGGCACUCUACAGUCCAAAUGGCACCUGGUCAGUAACAGAACAGUAUUGUCCCAAGCAUGAAAGGGAAAUGUAAGCAUGGAGGAUCUAGUGUAUUCAGCAGGGGUCAAACUGCCGAGGCUGGGGAGACCCCUUUAGUGAUAGGAAAUGUAUCAGGGAUCCCCUUCAUAAUCAGGACACAACUUGAGUGAGAUAAAAAAAAAAAAAUAGCAUACAAAGUCUUUUACUAUGACUUCAGCAGUGCAUGGCCGGACGAACCAAGUCUCGGGCCCUGGGAAGAAACAUUUUAAAGGCCCGCAUCUUGGCAUCAGAGAGCGAAAUUCAGUUUUCAUGCUAAUUUCCUGCUAACACCUUUUUGUCAUGGGGCAGAUAGGUUUUUGUUGUUGCAGCCUUAAAGCUAAUUUCCUGCAAUUCUACACAUUUUACCAUGAAGCAGAGAGAACCUUGCAGUUUUAAACUUAAAUUGCAGUGCAUUUAUGUUUUUUUUUUUAUAAAAUUGGGGGAAUACAAGAAUGAUUGAGCUGACAAAAUGUUACUGUGGAUAGCAAUAUUUCAGUGAGCCUUCCAGGCCCAUGUUGCCCAGGUUUAAGAAGAUACAUUCUACAUUAAUAAUAUUACACUGUAUUGUAUUCCACCCUUUACAUUUAUUAAAAGGAUCCCUUGGCCAAAAUCAAUUUAAUCUGUUGUUAGUAAUAUUUUUUUUAUAUAUAUAUUUUAGAUAUAUUGUAAAGUGGUUGUCCUACUGGCUAUCAUAAGGUGAAUGCACCAAUUUGUAAGUCGCUCUGGAUAAGAGCGUCCGCUAAAUGAUUUAAAUGUAAGAUCUGGCCAUAGUCCUCCUGCAGUACCUCAGUUUGAGAAACCCUGGUUUAUCGCAUACCUUUCCUAUGAACUCUCCUCGGGUCCACCAGUCCUGCAGCAGGUGCCUCAUCCGUUCUAAAGGCCUCAGAAGAUGCCGGUUUUGGCCUCGCUUCCACGGCGACGCCCCUCUCCCUCGACACCCCCACACCCAGUCAAGUGGUCCUCUACCGUCACACACCAGGCUUCAUCAGCUUCGAUGACCUCACUGAAAGGAGACCCCUUCAGAACGAUGCAGACAAUCCAUCCCAGGGUUUGACAACCCUAGUCCGAAGAGUCAGUGAGUGUUCCAUCUUGAGGUGUGUGUGUGUGUGAGAGAGAGUGUGAGAGACACAUACAGUGGGGUAAAAAAGUAUUUAGUCAGCCACCAAUUGUGCAAGUUCUCCCACUUAAAAAGAUGAGGCCUGUAAUUUUCAUCAUAGGUCUUGUAUGUCUUCCAUUUCCUAAUAAUUGCUCUGUUACGAACCCCGUGGCUUUAAACGUCUAGGGUGGAUGGACAUGAGACCCGUAACAUAAUUCAUGCACAUUAGGAUGAUGACAUGGAACAGUGAGAACAAAAGACUACACGACAACCAUAAACUACCGUCAAACAUUAAAGGUUUAUUGCUGAACACACGGUAAAGGUUUGGGAAAAAGGGCUGAGCAGGACCCAAGAAAUGAAACAAUAGUGUAAAACACCCCUAAACUGAUCUUGCCUGCCUCAAGAACCGCUAGGCUACUGCUAAUCAUACAAAAGUACAGUGGGUGGUCCGCUCAGGUCUAACUAGUGUUUUUAGACAGAUUUCUUCCUACGGGUAAUGUACGCCCAAGGGCAACUAGCUUAAACUCCCCUUUUCCCAGAAACACACAAAGUUACCAAACAGAGUAACCAGCAAAUUAGUGAGUAAACAAAACACCACAGUAUCCAUACUCACAUACGGAAAUAGUCUCUCUCUCAACAAACACAACUGACCGGCUUUUAAACAAUGGGAUGUGUGAUUGAAAAACCAGCAACAGGUGGUGCAAUGCAGAGGAAUGUUCACUGAUUGGUCCACCUUAUCAAUCAGCAGACACCUCAACGACCACCAAUCAGGAACAUACAGGACCCCUGUGAUUAGGGCAGAAGGAGAGGAAAAACACAGGACACCUGUAUCCGUAACAUGCUCCCACAGUUGAUUUCUUCAAACCAAGCUGCUUACCUAUUGCAGAUUCAGUCUUCCCAGCCUGUUGCAGGUCUACAAUUUUGUUUCUGGUGUACUUUGACAGCUCUUUGGUCUUGGCCAUAGUGGAGUUUGGAGUGUGACUGUUUGAGGUUGUGGACAGGUGUCUUUUAUACUGAUAACAAGUUCAAACAGGUGCCAUUAAUACAGGUAACGAGUGGAGGACAGAGGAGUCUCUUAAAGAAGAAGUUACAGGUCUGUGAGAGCCAGAAAUCUUGCUUGUUUGUAGGUGACCAAAUACUUAUUUUCCACCAUAAUUUGCAAAUAAAUUCAUAAAAAAUCCUACAAUGUGAUUUUCUGGAUUUUUUUUCCUCAUUUUGUCUGUCAUAGUUGACGUGUACCUAUGAUGAAAAUUACAGGCCUCUCAUCUUUUUAAGUGGGAGAACUUGCACAAUUGCAGGCUGACUAAAUAUUUGUUUUCCCCCACUGUACAUGUAUCCGUCUUGUUAUACAGGUAUUCAGUGUUCUGUCACCUCUCUCCUAGAAACAGAGAGAUUCAUGAAGCAGCAGGUGGAUAUCAGAUUAAUCAUGUCCCAUCUGACCACACCGCUACACACAGGUAGACUACUUCCCCCUUCCCCCUCAGUAUAACUAGGUAGACCACUUCCCCCUUUCCCCUCAGUAUAACCAGGUAGACUACUUCCCCUUUCCCCUCAGUAAUAACCAGGUAGCCUAACUUCCCCUUUCCCUUCCAACUCCCCCUCCCCCCCUCGUAUAACCAGGUAGACUACUUUCCCACCUGCCCCCUCAGUUAACCAGGUAACUACUUCACCUUCCCUCAGUAAAUAACCAGGUAGAACUUCCCCCUUCCCUCAGUAUAACCAGGUAGGACUACUUCCCCCUUUCCCCUCAGUAUACCCAUAGACUACUUCCCCCUUCCCCCUCGUAUCAACCAGGUAGACUACUGCCCCCGUCCCCCUCAUUAUAACAGGUAGCCAACUCGCCCUGCAUUCCCCCUUUCCCCUCAGUAAACCAGGUAGACUACUUCACUCCUUUCCCCUCAUAUAAUCCCCUUCCCCCUCAGUAUAACCAGUAGACUACUUCCCCCCUUCCCCCUCAGUAAAACCCAGGUAGACUAUUCCCCCUUCCCCCUCAGUAUAACCAGGUAGACUACUUCCCCUUUCCCCUCAGUAUAACCAGGUAGACUACUUCCCCCUCUAUACCAGGUAGACACUCCCCUUUCCCCUCAGUAAACCAGGUAGCUACUUCCCCCUCAGUAAAACCCCGGGUAGACUACUCCCCAUUUCCCCUCAGUAUAACCAGGUAGACUACUUCCCCCUCAGUUAUAACCAGGUAGACUACUUCCCCUUUUUCCCCUCAGUAUAACCAGGUAGACUACUUUCCCCCCCCUUUCCCCUCAUAUAACCAGGUAGACUACUUCCCCUUCCCCUCAGUAUACCAGGUAGACUACUUUCCCCUUCCCCCUCAGUAUAACCAGGUAGACUACUUCCCCCUUCCCCCUCAGUAUAAACUAGGUGACUAUUUCCCCCUUUUCCCCCCUCAGUAUAACCAGGUAGACUACUUCCCCCUUCCCCCUCAGUAUAACUGGGUGAUUUACUUCCCCCCAUUUCCGCUCAGUAUAACCAGGUAGACUAUUUCCCCCCCCCCAUUUCCCCUCAGUAUAACCAGGUAAAACUACUUCCCCCCUUUCCCCUCAGUAUAACCAGGUUAGACUACUUCCCCCUUCCCCCUCAGUAUAACUAGGUAGACUACUUCCCCCAUUUCCCCUCAGUAUAACUAGGUAGACUACUUCCCCAUUUCCCCUCAGUUAACCAGGUAGACUACUUUCCCCCCUUUCCCCUCGUAUACUAGGUAGACUCCUUCCCAUUUCCCCUCAGUAUAACCAGUAGACUACUUCCCCAUUUCCCCUCAGUAUAACCAGGUAGACUAUUUCCCCCCUUUCCCCCCUCAGUAUAACCAGGUAGACACUUCCCCCCUUUCCCUCAGUAAAACCAGGUAGACUACUUCCCCCCUUCCCCCUCAUAAACCAGGUAGACUACUUCCCCUUUUCCCCCUCAGUAUAACCAGGUAGACUACUUCCCCCAUAUAACCAGGUGAUACUUCCCCCUUCCCUCAGUAUAACCAGGUAGACUACUUCCCCCUUCCCCUCAGUAUAACCAGGUAGACACUUCCCCCUUUUCCCCUCAGUAUAACCAGGUAGACUACUUCCCCCCCCUUUCCCCUCAGUAAAACCAGGUAGACUACUUCCCCUUCCCCUCAGUAAAAACCAGGUAGACUACUUCCCCCUUUCCCUCAGUAUAACCAGGUAGACUACUUCCACCUUUCCCCCUCAGUAUAACCAGGUAGACAUUCCCCCUCAGUAAACCGGUAGAUCUUCCCCUUCCCCUCAGUAUAACCAGGUAGACUACUUCCCCCCUUUCCCCCCUCAGUAUAACCAGGUAGACUACUUCCCCCUUUCCCCCCUCAGUAAACCAGGUAGACUACUUCCCCCUUCCCCCCUCAGUAUAACCAGGUAGACUAUUUCCCCCCCCUUCCCCUCAGUAUAACCAGGUAGACUACUCCCCCUCAGUUAACCAGGUAGACUAUUUCCCCCUCAUUAUAACCAGGUAGACUAUUUCCCCCCCAUUCCCCUCGUAUAAACCCAGGUAGACUACUUCACACCCUUCCCCUCAGUAUAACCCGGUAACUACUUCCCCCCCCUUCCCCUCAGUAACCAGGUAGACUACUUCCCCCUUUCCCCUCAGUAAAAACCAGGUAGACUACUUCCCCCUUUCCCUCAGAAAUAACCAGGUAAAACUACUUCCCCCUUCCCCCUCAGUAUAACCAGGUAGACUAUUUCCCCCUCCCCUCAGUAUAACCGUGACUACUUCCCCCUCAUAUAACCAGGUGGGACACUUCCCCAUUUCCCCCUCAUAUAACCAGGUAGACUACUUCCCCCUUUCCCCUCAGUAUAAACCAGGUAGACUACUUCCCCCUUCCCCUCAGUAUAACCAGGUAACUAUUUCCCCCUCAGUAUAACCGGUAGACUAUUUUCCCCCUCAGUAUAACCAGGUAGACUACUUCCCCCUUUCCCCCUCAGUAUAACCAGGUAGACUACUUCCCCCCUCAGUAUAACCAGGUAGACUACUUCCCCCCUUUCCCCUCAGUAUAACCAGGUAGACUGACUUCCCCCUCAUAUAACCAGGUAGACUACAGCCCAUUUCCCCCUCAGUAUAACCAGGUAGACUACUUCCCCCUUUCCCCUCAGUAUAACCAGGUAGACUACUUCCCCCUCAGUAUAACCAGGUAGACUACUUCCCCCCUUUCCCCCUCAGUAUAACCAGGUAGACUACUUCCCCCUCAGUAUAACCAGGUAGACUACUUCCCCCUUUCCCCUCAGUAUAACCAGGUAGACUACUUCCCCCUUUCCCCUCAGUAUCAACCAGGUAGACUCUUCCCCCCUUCCCCCUCAGUAUAACCAGGUAGACUACUUCCCCCUCAGUAUAACCAGUAGACUACUUCCCCCUCAGUAAACAGGUAGACUACUUCCCCAUUUCCCCCUCAGUAAUAACCAGUAGACUACUUCCCCCCUUUUCCCCCUUUAGUAUAACCAGGUAGACUUACUUCCCCCCUCCCUUUCCCCUCAGUAUAACCAGGUAACUACUUCCCCUCCCCUCCCCAUAUAACCCAGGUAGACUCUUCCCCUUCCCCUCAGUAUAACCAGGUGACUACUUCCCCCUUCCCCCCCCAGUAUAACCAGGUAGACUACUUCCCCUCAGUAUAACCAGUAAACCCCUUUCCCCUCAGUAUAACCAGGUAGACUACUUCCCCCUUUUCCCCCCUCAGUAUAACCAGGUAGACUAUUUCCCCCCUUCCCCUCAGUAUAACCAGGUUAGACUACUUCCCCCUCAGUAUAACCAGGUAGACUACUUCCCCCUCAGUAUAACCAGGUAACUAUUUCCCCAUUCCCCUCAUAUAACCAGGUAAAACUCUUCCCCCCUUUUCCCCUCAGUAUAAACCAGGUAAAACUACUUCCCCUCAUUUAACCAGGUAGACUCUUUCCCCCCUCAGUAUAACCAGUAGACUAUUCACCCUUUCCCCUCAGUAUAACCAGGUAGACUACUCCCCUUUCCCCCUCAGUAUAACCAGGUAGACUACUUCCCCCUCAGUAUAACCAGGUAGACUACUUCCCUUCCCCCUCAGUAAAACCAGGUAGGACUACUUCCCCCUCAGUAUAACCAGGUAGACACUUCCCCCUCAGUAUAACCAGGUAACUACUUCCCCCUUCCCCCUAUAUAAACCAUGUAGACUACUUCCCCCCAGUAUAACCGGUAGACUACUUCCCCCUCAGUAUAACCAGGUAGACUACUUCCCCCCCUUCCCCUCAGUAUAACCAGGUAGACUACUUCCCCCUUCCCCCUCAGUAUAACCAGGUAGACUACUUCCCCCUCAGUAUAACCAGGUAGACUACUUCCCCCUCAUAAACCAGGUAACUACUCCCCAUUUCCCCAUAAACCAGGUAGACUACUUCCCCAUUCCCCCGUAUAACCAGGUAGCUACUUCCCCCUCAUAUAACCAGGUAGACUACUUCCCCUUUCCCCUCAGUUAAACCAGUAGACUACUUCACCUUUCCCCUCAGUAUAACCAGGUAGACUACUUCCCCUUCCCCUAUAACCAGGUAGACUACUUCCCCCUCAGUAUAACCAGGUAGACUACUUCCCCCUCAGUAUAACCAGGUAGACUACUUCCCCCUUUCCCCUCAGUAUAACCAGGUAGACUACUUCCCCCUCAGUAUAACCAGGUAGACUACUUCCCCCUCAGUAUAACCAGGUAGACUACUUCCCCCUUUCCUCCCUUUCCCCUUCCCAGUAUAACCAGGUAGACUACUUCCCCCCCCUUUCCCCCAGAAAUAACCAGGUAGACUACUUCCCCCUUUCCCCUCAGUAUAACCAGGUAGACUACUUUCCCCCUUUCCCUCAGUAUAACCAGGUAGACUAUUUCCCCCCCUUCCCCCUCAGUAUAACCAGUAGACUACUUCCCCCUUUCCCUCAGUAUAACCAGGUAGACUACUUCCCCCUUUCCCCUCAGUAUAACCAGGUAGACUACUUCCCCCUUUCCCCUCAGUAUAACUACAGUGCCUUGCUAAAGUAUUCAUCCCCCUUGGUGUUUUCCCUAUUUUGUUGCAUUACAACCUGUAAUUUAAAUGGAUUUUGAGGGGGGAUUUCAUGUAAUGGACAUACACAAAAUAGUCAAAAUUGGUGAAGUGAAAUGAAAAAAAUAACGGAAAAGUGGUGCGUGCACAUGUAUUCACCCCCUUUGCUAUGAAGCCCUUAAAUAAGAUCUGGUGCAACCAAUUACCUUCAGAAGUCACAUAAUUAGUUAAAUAAAGUCCACCUGUGUGCAAUAUAAGUGUCACAUGAUCUGUCACACAAUCUCAGUAUAUAUACACCUGUUCUGAAAGGCCCCAGAGUCUGCAACACCACUAAGCAAGGGGCACCACCAAGCAAGCGGCACUAUGAAGACCAAGGAGCUCUCCAAACAGGUCAGGGACAAAGUUGUGGAGAAGUACAGAUCAUUGAGAAUCUGUGGUAUGACUUAAAGAUUGCUGUACACCAGCGGAACCCAUCCAACUUGAAGGAGCUGGAGCAGUUUUGCCUUGAAGAAUUGGCAAAAAUCCCAGUGGCUAGAUGUGCCAAGCUUAUAGAGACAUACCCCAAGAGACUUGCAGCUGUAAUUGCUGCAAAAGGUGGCUCUACAAAGUAUUGACUUUGGGGGGGGUGAAUAGUUAUGCACGCUCAAGUUUUCUGUUUUUUUGUCUUAUUUCUUGUUUGUUUCACAAUAAAAAAAAGUAUUGCAUCUUCAAAGUGGUAGGCAUGUUGUGUAAAUCAAAAAAUCUAUUUUAAUUCCAGGUUGUAAGGCAACAAAAUAGGAAAAAUGCCAAUGUAGGUAGACUACUUCCCCCUCAAUAUAACUAGGUAGACUACUUCCCCCUUUCCCCUCAGUAUAACCAGGUAGACUACUUCCCCCUUUCCCCUCAGUAUAACCAGGUAGACUACUUCCCCCUCAGUAUAACUAGGUAGACUACUUCCCCCUUUCCCCUCAGUAUACUAGGUAGACUACUUCCCCCCUUUCCCCUCAGUAUAACCAGGUAGACUACUUCCCCCUUUCCCCUCAGUAUAACCAGGUAGACUACUUCCCCCCUUUCCCCUCAGUAUAACCAGGUAGACUACUUCCCCAUUUCCCCUCAGUAUAACCAGGUAGACUACUUCCCCCUUUCCCCUCAGUAUAACCAGGUAGACUACUUCCCCCUUUCCCCUCAGUAUAACCAGGUAGACUACUUCCCCCUUCCCCCUCAGUAUAACCAGGUAGACUACUUUCCCCCUUCCCCCCUCAGUAUAACCAGGUAGACUACUUCCCCCCUUCCCCCUCAGUAUAACCAGGUAGACUACUUCCCCCAUUUCCCCUCAGUAUAACCAGGUAGACUACUUCCCCCUUUCCCCUCAGUAUAACCAGAUAGACUACUUCCCCCUUUCCCCUCAGUAUAACCAGGUAGACUACUUCCCCCUUUCCCCUCAGUAUAACCAGGUAGACUACUUCCACCUUUCCCCUCAGUAUAACCAGGUGUUGAUCGAUGGGGCCCUGAGUGUUUCUGCACAGCACAGAUGGCUUGUGUGGCACACAGUGCUAUCUGGCUCAUCUCAGUGCUAUCUGGCUCAUCUCAGCUUGCAGCAUUCUCUUGUUCUCCUAUAGUUCACAGAGACAACAUGAGACAGCAGGAGCAGGCCAGACAAGAUUGGAACCAUCAGACCACACCAUGCAGGCACUACCUGUCCUCCUCUUCACUCAGUAUAUGAUCUAGUCUCUUUUCGUUUAACCAGCUUCUUUCUCCCUGUUGUUUAGUUCACAGAGAGACCCCAGUACAGAAUCAUCAGGAAACUGGCAUCAUCUGAAUACGCCACCAAAAUAGAG